AACAAAUAAAACUCAAAAAAAGUCGAAAUUACAUCAAUCGUUACACGCACUCGAUCACUAUAAAAAAAGUGUAUUGUUUUGAAUAUAAUUUCAUUUUAUAAUCAACAUAGUAUAAAUUGAAUAAUAAUUUAAUAAUUAAUCAUUGAAAUCAUGAGAAUAUCGUGCUCUUUUGAAGGAAUCUUUGUAUUCAUGAAAAUAAUCCAUCUCGAUUUACAAAAUAUGUUUUUUUUAACAAUUUCACAGAUCGAGAAUUGCUCUUAGUGCACUUAUAAGAUUCUAAUCAAUGUAAAAAAAUUGAAAUUGAUAUAUACGCGAUUUCUGAAUCGCAUAAUAUAAAGCGAGAGGGUUAAAAGGUAGUUUCCCUCCUUCCUACUGUCAUCAUCAGCUGACUUGUCGGUUUAUCGUUGAUUCAUCGUGUCUAAUAAGAGGUUCCUGUGAACUGACUGGACAAAUUAUGUGACAUUCUCUUGAAUUUCUGAAAAGUGAUGGCUUCUAUUUGUCGCCGCUGGAGACUAUGGAUUUUACCAGUUCUAACUUGUCUCUAUGCACUUCUUAUCAUAAUUUUAGUACCAAUUUUAUUGGCAAACUCCAUUAAAAAUGGUUUUAAAAAGCAAGAUCAAGGAGCACUUGUGGGUGGUGCCUUUGUGUUGCUUGCUUUACCCAUUGCUUUCUAUGAAAUUGUGCAACACAUGAUAUAUUAUACACAGCCUAGACUGCAAAAAUAUAUUAUAAGAAUAUUAUGGAUGGUACCAAUUUAUGCAGUGAAUGCUUGGCUUGGACUGGUUUAUCCAGAAGGCAGUAUAUAUGUUGACAGUUUGAGGGAGUGUUAUGAGGCAUAUGUAAUAUACAAUUUUAUGAUGUAUUUAUUGGCCUACUUGGAUGCUGAUCGUCAGCUAGAACAUAGACUUGAAAUCUCUCCUCAAGUUCAUCACAUGUUCCCUCUGUGCUGUUUACCUGAUUGGGAAAUGGGCAGGGAAUUUGUACAUAUGUGCAAGCACGGAAUAUUGCAAUACACUGCAGUUAGACCUAUAACAACUUUGAUAUCUUUUAUUUGUGAAUUAAACGGAGUAUAUGGUGAAGGUGAAUUUAGAACAGAUGUAGCUUUCCCAUAUAUGAUUGCUUUAAAUAAUUUAUCGCAAUUCGUUGCCAUGUAUUGUUUGGUGCUAUUUUAUCGUGCCAAUGCGGAAGCUUUAAAACCAAUGAAACCAAUCGGGAAAUUUUUGUGUAUCAAAGCAGUCGUUUUCUUCUCUUUCUUUCAAGGUGUAAUUAUUGCAUUACUGGUAUAUUUCAAUGUGAUAUCAAGUAUUUUUAAUACAAACGAUAUAAAGGACAUUAGAAAUAUAUCGUCGAAGUUGCAGGAUUUUUUAAUUUGUAUUGAAAUGUUCAUGGCCGCGGUGGCUCACCAUUACAGCUUUUCAUACAAACCUUUUGUAAAUUUAGCACAGGGUCAAGCAUGGUGGGAUGCAUUCAGGGCUAUGUGGGAUGUUUCCGACGUUCACAAUGAUAUAAAAGAACACUUGGGAGUAGUAGGAUCCUCGUUAAGUCGUAGAAUACGUGGUCGAAGCGCUUAUCAACAGGCCUGGGGAAGUGCAACGGAACGUACUUCCCUACUUCCAGAAGCUUCGGUGACCACAGCUAGAAGUGCACCUGCAUGUUCUUUUUCUGGUUAUAAUACAGCAGAGAUAGAACAAAAUGAUGGCACUAUUGACCUAAUCCCAGAUGUGCAGGAUACAAGUAACGCGGUGAAAACAUAAUCAAUUUUUUUUUUUACAGAAAAGAAUCAAGGGCACACUUUAAGAUUGCUCCGUACUGUUAGUAUUAUAUUUAACCCUGUUAUAUGGAUUGUUUUCUAUUAAAUAGUAUUUUUUUUAUCUAAUUUUUUAAGCUUAAGAAAAAUAUAAAAUAAUCAUUAAUGUAUACAUAUGUAUUAUUUCUUGCUUCAAUUUUAUGUGCUGAGCUUUCUUAAAGUAUUCAAAAAUUUCUUCUUUAAUUGAAGUGAAAGAAGAAUUGGAAUAUAAAAAUUGCAAAAUCGUAAUAGAGUUUAGAAAAAAAGAAAAAAAAAGAAAAGGAUCUAGUUUUACAAAUGAGCAUUUUCCUCUUUUACUGUACAAAUUUCUCAUUGUUCUGAUUAUUGGACAAUAUGCUCAUUUUUUCUCAGAUAUAACAAGUCAAUGUCGUAAUAUUAAAAGAUUUGAUACAUGAUGUUGCAAUGCAAGAGACGAAAAUAUGCUUUAUUUUGUCUAUUUACGAAAACGCUUUUUCCUCUUUGUUUUGCAGCCAAUUGCGCGUUACCAAUGAUGUAUUACCAAAUAAUUGUACAUAUAUAUAUAUAUACAUAUAUAUAUACAUACAUAUAAUGUUUAUACAUAGAACAAUAUAUCGGUACAGUCCUUAUUUAUAAACGUGUUACGCUAUUUAUUGCUGGUUUAUCGACCCCAAUAAAUGUAUCACGGAGUUAGGCAUUAUUCGAUUUUAACUCUGCAAUAUAAAUGCUAUUCUAUAAUGUAUUUUAAUCAUAAAAAUAAGUAUAGAGUUGAGUUGUAAUUUUAUUAAUCAUUUAAUAUGAUAAAUGGAGCAUUAGAUUCCAAUAAUGGAAUGCUGUUUGUUAGAAAGUUUUAAUAUAAGAAGUACAAAUGGUAAAAAAACUGUGAUACAAUAUUGAUUUCAUAAAAUUAUACAAAAUUAUAUUAUUCUUGAAAAGCAUAAAUAAUAGAAAUCUAUCACCACUUACAAUAAAAUUAUUGGGGAAUGCGAUGUUCCAUUUUAGUAUUUCAGGAUUAAUUAUUAUAAUCAUUCAUAUUGCUUAAUGGAUAGAAUCCUGCCUAACUCUGAAUCAAUGUACCGUAAAUAAUGAGGAGAAAAACAUUCCUGCCAAAUGUAUGUAUAUGAUUAUUUAAUUUUAUAUCGACUGCGAUAGCUGAAAAAUAUAAUAUGGUAGCUCAUGUUUUUUGAUGAAAUGAAGUACUCAAGUAUAUAUGAUAUUAAUAUUGAUGACAGGCAGAAAUGAAAAAUAUAAAUUUAUUGAAAUUGUGUCGUUGAUGUAUUUGCAUAGUUAAAAGCAACAUAAUUAAUCAUCGUAAAAGAUGAUUGGUAAAACGAUAAUUUAAUUUAGAACAAAUUUUUCCUAAUAAUAAAAGAAUUUUAUAAGUGUUUUCAUAAUAUAAUCUUGUGGAUUUUCGUGAGAAAAUUAUACUUUAGCAUAAAGAAGCGUCACAAACUUGAAUACUUUAUCAGACAUUCGGACCAGAGAAUAGGGUAUAUUUUAUCUUGAAUCUAAUAUUCUAGAUUUUUAAAAAAAAAUCAAUUUAGAAUGACGCAAAGUAGUUUUCCGAUUGACCUAGCAAUUUACAUCGUCAAUUAAAAAAGAAAAUAAUAUUUUUAAUAUGUUUCUACCGUGUUAUUUAUAACUUUGUGAUAUAUUUAAAAUCAGCAUUAUAAUCUCUAUUAUUAUUAAUUAACGAAAAAUAGAGAUAAAUCUCGACGUGAAACACAUUGUACUCAUGAGAACAAAAAUUAGGCAUAGAACAUGUAUUUUAAUAAUCUCUAGUUACUUUUGUACAAAUGCACAUUUUCAAUUCUAUAAGUACUUAAAAAAUUAUUCUAUUGAAUAUUUUAAUGAUCUUUUUCAGAGAA